AUGGCAUUGAAGCGAUGUGAUUAUAAGAUGGCUUUUGACGUGAGUGGAGUGGAGGCGCCAAGCAAAGCAUCAGACGGCUCUUCCGCUGGAAACGUGUCUGAUGCAGAACCAUCACCUGCUCUGUGCCGUGUGAUUGUUCUGAUGCUACAGCAUGCCAUUCCAACAGCAAUUGGCGCUGAACACAAUACUCACCUGAAUACUCACAUGAAUACUCACCUGAAUGCUGACCUGAAUGCUGACCUGAAUGCUGACCUGAAUGCUGACCUGAAUACUCACCUGAAUACUCACCUGAAUGCUGACCUGAAUGCUGACCUGAAUGCUGACCUGAAUGCUGACCUGAAUGCUGACCUGAAUGCUGACCUGAAUGCUGACCUGAAUGCUGACCUGAAUGCUGACCUGAAUGCUGACCUGAAUGCUGACCUGAAUGCUGACCUGAAUGCUGACCUGAAUGCUGACCUGAAUGCUGACCUGAAUGCUGACCUGAAUGCUGACCUGAAUGCUGACCUGAAUGCUGACCUGAAUGCUGACCUGAAUGCUGACCUGAAUGCUGACCUGAAUGCUGACCUGAAUGCUGACCUGAAUGCUGACCUGAAUGCUGACCUGAAUGCUGACCUGAAUGCUGACCUGAAUGCUGACCUGGGUUCUGACCUAAAUACUGACCUGAAUGCUCACACGAAUGCAGGCCUGAACAGUGACCUCUAA